AGGGCUGCGGAGCAAUGGGAAGGUGGCCAUUGUCCUGAUUCUUGCUCCUGGGCUGGGGGCAAAUCCGACAGAUUCUACUGCUUUCGUUCUCAACUCUAUCUGGGCACCUUAAGAUAAAGACGCUUGUGAUUAUGUACUAAAGUGAAUAAUUUGUGUUCUUAGAGUAGGAUUUGGAGCUAUAGGACUUGAAGGCAAGAGGACUGGUCUUAUCAAGGGUCGGUUUACUCAGUUUCCCCAGAGCUCAAAGUCGGACUCAACUGUACAUCAUGACAGAUGUUCCAGUGACAUUCAGCCAGGUUGAGUGUAAUGGGAAUACACCACCUGAAAACCGUAACCCACCGAUCACUAAAACCAACGAGGAAAUCAGUGAUGUGGAUGGCACCCCACCCUACUACAGGGUCGAACCUAGUCUUAAAGAUUUACCGACAGAAGGAAAGCAGGAGAAAAGUGAAAAGUUACCGGGGAAGAUGCUGCUCAACUGCUCCAUGGAUGAGAAGAUCCUAAAAGAAAAGCCAGAAGAGGAUCUCUUUAUUGUUCAUAAGGCCAUCACAGAUCUUUCUCUCCAAGAAACAAGCGUUGAUGAAAUGACAUUCAGAGAAGGGCAUCCGUGGAAGAAGAUUCCUCUGAGCAGCAGUCACCUGGAAAUAAGUAGACAAAAGGAAAGGAUUGCUGAGCAACCUCUAGAAGAAAGAGGAGAUGGGGGUAGGAAGAACGAAGCUUACCAGGCAACUGAAAUUGAGUGGCUGGGAUUUCGGAAGCCUAGCCAAGUUGAUGUGUUUCAUGAUGAGGAACAAGAGGUUUGGGAUGAAGAAAUUCACAGUGAAGAUGAUGAUGAAGAUGAAGUUCAAGUGAUAGAACUUAAGGAAAAAAGUGAAGAGGGUUCUCACCUAAAAGAGGGAGGUAAUCCAGGUGAGGACUCUCCACUGAGCAGCCCCGGGUCCCAGCCUGUGUCACCCGAGCAGUCAGCUUUUGGGAAGAAGAGUGAUAUUUCCAAAAAUACUUCUUCAAGAUACAACACAAUAUCCUAUCGGAAAAUCAGGAAGGGGAAUACCAAGCAAAGAAUUGAUGAAUUCGAGUCUAUGAUGCAUUUAUAAACUAACUGGAUCUGAAAAGUUCCCACUAAAGCAAAAUCUAAUUGUCAUUUACUGAGAUGCAUCUUCGUGUGCCUGAUUUCAGUUGUCCACUUUAAAGAUGUGAAAGCUUACUUUCUGUUUCAUGGUAGAAAAAUGUGGAAAUAACCCUAGAUAAGACUCAGUCUGGUAACUUCAAAUCAAAACCUUCACAUUCAUCUGUGGACAUUUGCUUUGUUAAAUUUCACUAACAUGGCAUGAUGUGAUAAGCCCUGAACAGCCAGAACCCCUGGGGAAGCUGGCAUGAUUUGGCUUCAAAGGAACAGUGCUGGAAAAUGUAGUUAUUAAAUGAAAGGUACCUAUUUGAAAUGAUUCCUAUAUUUCUUUUGGGGUCUUCCUGUACCUUAAGGCUGAUCGAAAGUCCAUUGUUAACCCUUUCUUAACUUUUAAACACUGUUUUAUAGACUCUGGCAAUAAAUGUUCAAAUUACUUCUCCUUUCCUAUUAUCUUCCAAAAGGAUUUUAAGUGGUUUCCUUGGCAUCUGCCCAGUGAAAAUCCCGCAUAGACCUUCUUCUUCAGUGUUACCGUUCACUGAAUUUUCUCACUAGAGGAGCUGAGCAAUUGUUAGCCAGAAGAAUCCUGUUGACUGAAUGUUGCCUUUAUGCUCUUAAGAUAUGAAUUAAAUCCAUUGUGAGGUUGAUACAGGGAGGGGUUACAAGAUUGAUGGGCAAUAGACUGAAGAGCUAUAUUGUAUAGUUUUAUUUCUGUGGCAAAAUCUUAUAUAGCAAAAUUGAAGUCAUUAAAAAUGAAAACAAGAGCUUUAGCACAUUGAAAGAAAAUACCCCCCUUUAUUAUCACACUUUCUGUAAUUAAUAAUAUCUCAGAAUAAUUUUCCUUCCUUAGAAAUCCAAGAUAACUCUAGUCAUAACUGUACUAGUUACUAUGAAAAUGGAAAUAAUUAUCAUAGAAUAUUCUAAAGUAGAGUGUGAGCAUGCAUUUUUAGUGAGAAAGCUUUGAUAGUUGUUGGGAAUAUAUAAUUUACUGGACCUCAGCCCAAAUCAAGAUACUUAAAAUUGUGCUUAUGGAAUUUCAUCAAACCAAUGUGUCAAAUAAUAUAUUGAAUAUUUAUGAAA